ACUGCCCACAACCACCAACCACGAAGUCUUCUUACAAAGCCUUUGCCUCCGCAUUAAAACGCAACCCAAAGCCCACAACCUAGGAAUUUCGCGGUCUCACUCUAGCCCACGAUUUCUUCUCAAACGCACAUUUUUUCUAUCUUCUGUCCCACUCGAGGAGAAAACAGAAGACUUUAUUUCAUGCUUCGACCUCCUCUCAAUAUAUCGGCAAAUACGUGUUUGUUUCGGAGAAAAUCCAUAAGUACUCGUUAAAUAUAUCUGCCCAGCAUGGCUUCCGCAGGAAUUGUGAAUAUUCGUCGUGAUGUCGAUGACAAGUUCUACCGCUACCGCAUGCCACUCCUUCUCACCAAAAUCGAGGGAAAAGGCAAUGGUAUCAAAACCGUCGUCCCUAACAUGGCAGAUGUCGCUCGUGCCCUAUCUCGCCCUCCCACGUACCCUACCAAAUUCUUCGGCUGUGAGCUCGGUGCACAGACCUCUUCCGAUGACAAGAAUGAACGCUACAUAGUCAACGGCGCUCAUGACGCCUCUCGCCUCCGCGAGCUGCUUGACGUCUUCAUUGACAAAUUUGUUCUUUGUCGUUCGUGCAAGAACCCUGAGACGGACCUUAUCAUUCUCAAGAGCGGUCGUAAUGAGGACGUCGUCAGGGAUUGUAAAGCUUGUGGCGAAAGGACGGACGUUGACAUGAAGCACAAGCUCGUCACCUUCAUCUUAAAGAACCCGCCGAAGAACCCGAAGAAGAGCAAGAAGGGCGAGACCAAUGGCAAUGGCGGCGGAGUCCACGCAUCGGCUCCGUCAGUCCCUGGAGACGACAACGGUGGCGAUAGUGAUGAUGAGCUUACCAAGAAGAUCAAAGCCGAGGCCGCUGAGCUCACUACUGAAACCAAGCUUGCGGCUCAAGAUUGGUCGGCUGAUACGUCCCCUGAGGCUGUCAAGGCUCGCGUGAAGGCGUUGGAAAGUAAAGUUGGCGGACUAUCGCUUACGCCUGCCGGUGGCUUGGGAGAUGACGAUGGCAGUGAUGACGACGUGAACAGCCCAUAUGCUCAGUUUGGUCGGUGGGUCGAAGAGAACAAAGGCGAAGCAGACGUCAGUGCGGUGCAGAUCUACCAGAAGGCGCAAGAGCUCGGCGUUGAGAAGAAACACAAGACUGUCCUCGUUCUUGUUCAAGCGCUGUUCACCGAGGACGUUGCGAAAGAGAUUGACACUUACAAGGCCUUGCUUGCAAAGAUGAUUACUUCCGAGAAGCACCAGAAAGCCCUAUUGGGUGGUAUCGAGUGUCUCGUUGGGCUCACUCACCCCGAGCUCAUUCCUUCCGUCCCAAAGAUUCUUAUGGCGCUGUACCAGAUCGACGUCUUGGAAGAAGAGGUCGUGACUCAGUGGGGUACUCAUGUCAGCAAGAAGUACGUCGAUAAGGAGACGAGCAAGAAAGUGAGGAAGGCCAGCGAGCCGUUUUUGAAGUGGCUUGAGGAGGCAAGUGACGAUGAAUCUGAUGAUGCGUGAUAUGUAGUUAGCAGUUAUGUUUGAUAUCUUGUCUUUUUGAUUGUGCUACUGUAACAUGCUAGUAACCUUUUGCAAUUGGUCGGGGCUCGUCGGUUUGCCUCUAGUUUUCUAUAAAUUCUUGUUGUGUGGC